UCUCCGUUUUCUCCUCUCCCUCUUCGCGGAGUCUCCAGUCAGAAUUGGAGGAGUCUUUUUUUUUUCUGAAUGCAAUAAGCUCUGAGGAGGGAUCCACAGACACAUGAUUUUUGUGAUCUUAUCUUUCCGAAAAUGAGGCGAAAAGCUGCUAAGCGGGUCAUCACAGAUAGCCGGCAACUAUCUGGCUCCCCAGGCAAGACUUAAAGCUUUGACUUUUGGUAUGCGGUUAGAAUUCAAACCUCGGUUCAGCAUUCAGUCGAGCAGCAGCAACAGCAGCAGAAGUAACAGCCGCACACACAUGCAAACUGAGGCAGAGAGAAAACUAUGAAAAAGAUAUAUAUUGGCAAAACAGCCCUGAAAAGCCAGAGAAAUGGAUGCAAACAUCCAAAAAGAAGCUCUUUCCACGACCACAAGGACGACCUCCGCAAGCGCCUGUCGUUCACCACACACAAACUAGAGAUGGUGGAGACGGAGUUCGACUCCACCCGGCAGUACCUGGAGACGGAGCUGCGGCGCGCCCAGGAGGAGCUGGAGAAAUUCACAGAGAAGCUGCGCAGGAUCCAAAGUAGUUACUCGUCUCUUCAGAGGAUCAACCAGGAUUUAGAGGACAAGAUGUGCAGGACGUCUCAGCACCAUGAGGAGGAAAAGCGAGCGCUCAGCCGGGAAAUCAUUGUUCUCAACAAUCACCUCAUGGAGGCAAAGAUCACCAUCAACAAACUCAGAGAGGACAAUGACCUGUACAGGAAAGACUGCAACCUGGCCGCCCAGCUGCUGCAGUGCUCCAAGUCUCACUACAGAGCUCACAAGUCAUCUGAGCUGCCGCUGGACUUCCAGGAACGCAUCAGCUCCUACAUGGAGAAACAUAGCCGAGGUAGAGGAGCCACCAUAGCAAUGUGUCACCCUAACUACCCUGAAGAAGUGCCCACAGCCGUAAUUGCCAAGGUCCUGGAAAAGCCUGAACCUGGAAGAGAUUCCCCUGUAACAUGCCCCGCAAGCUCCCACGUUCAGGAUGGAGACUUUCUAAUAGGAACAGGAAGCAACGAUCACCUGAACCGCCGCAUUUCGUACAAGACAUCGGACCUGUACUGCAGCGACACGGCCCUGUAUUGUCCUGAGCGAUGGCAAGACACAGAACGCAGGCAAAGCGUUGACCUCCAUGGCACUGCCCUGCUUCAGCUGCACGCCCAGACCUCCUUAGAGAGCAACCCAGAUGAUGAUCCUUUCCAGUCCGGCAGCUUCUCCCACCAUGACCCCCCAGCGUCUUUCCACCACCAUGAUGAAUUUGGCACUGGCAGCUUUCCGGCCUCGAGUUCAUACUCCAGCUUCAGCCUUGCAUCGGAUGAGAAGGGAGCAGUUAGCGGUGGCUGUGGGCGCACUGCCAGCAGCACCUUAUCCUCGUCCCACCAGGGUCUUUACAUAGAUUGGCGAGAUGGUGGCAGCGGGGACUAUGAGCGCAAGAGCUUGUCUUCGUAUGACAAAGAAGUUCCCGGGUUCUCCAAGUCACACAGCAUUCAGCAUAUGGUGACCACUAGGAGUCCCCAGAAGGAUACGUCACCGUCGUACACAAGGACAGCUUCGUGCUUCAGUGAACCAUACCACUCGAGCUCCCCUCGCCUCGCCUCAUCCCACAGCAUGGGGUCUACAACUGGACUGGGUCAGGCUGAAGGUGGAGCUUUGGAUAGCCGAAAUGAUGUACCUGAGGAUGACUUGAGUGUCCGCUGGAAACAGCUCAGCGUGGAGGACAUCCACACUUUCUCGUCUUAUCGCAACAUUGCAGGGCGGAUCUCGCCAUACAGCUUCUCUGAGCGACAGUUUGCAAUGGGCCCUUCCAGUAAACUCAAAGAGUCUCUCUACAGCAGCUUCCAAGAAGGAGAUGACGUCUUCCACAGCCACGUGCUUGACCAGUGUUUUUCUAUGGGCUCCCUUUCACCCAGCCACAAUCCGAAACCCAAGGAGCAUCGCAAGUCAGAGAAAACCUCUGGGCUGUACCGAGCCAAGAAUGACAGUCAAGACUCCGAGGGAAGUCUGUUCCUCUCAGGAAGCUCUAAAGACAAGGAAAGCAGUGGGGCCGCAACAACUGCGAACAGUGCAAAGAAGGACUACAUAAACCUGAGCGUGGACAGUUCGGCCGAGUCCUUACACCACAGCUCACUGGAAGCCUCGAGUCUUCAGCACUACCCGGCGCCGAGGCCAACGAUCCGUCCUCGCCCGAGUUCCAGUUCCGCUCUCAGCGUAGGCCCCGCGCUCCCAAAGAAGACUUCUCCAAGGUACCAGAAAUUUGGGAGCACAGGAUUGACAAGGAAGGACAGCUUGACCAAGGCACAGCUCUACGGUACGCUCUUGAACUGAGUGUGGAAGAGAGGCUUCAGUUUAUGCAUGCCAAUGACGAUGAGUCCAUACUGUACUGCACUGUAUGUCUCCCCUAAAGCAAACACAUUCGUGUGAUAAGGUGUUAAGCUGUUGUCCCUUUUUGUAUCUUAGCCAAGGCACGCUUCAUGCAGUCUCUAACAUGUUUUCUAUUGUGCAUCUUGAUACACUGUAGCAACCAGAUAUACCAGCUGUAAAGAAAGUUUUAUCCGUAAUUUCUUUUCCAGGAAUGGCCACCACUAUGCUGCUAGCACAGUGAGGAGCUAAACACCAACUCCCUUUUAAAGGGCCUAUAUUACCAACAAUAUCAUCAAAAACUCUCAUUUAAAACACUAAAACUGGCACAAAUCAGAGAGGAACUCUAACUUCUGCUUCCUUGAUGUGCAGAGGCAUGCGUCUGCAUGCUAUAAUUGUGCAAGACUCACUUUUCUCCACAUAAUUAAUGUUUUGCUGGGGAGAGGUUACCUACACCGCAGUAGUAACGCUUUCAAAACGACACUGUCUGUCAUGCUACUUGAGGUCUUUGAGUUUUUAAGAUAAUACUGCACAUAUGGAAGAUAAAAUACUUGUAAACAACCAAACAGCAGCUUCAGACACUCUCCUCCCUGCUUCAUUUGGCUCAGACAUGAAGAAAAGUACAAACAGAAAGAAAGUGAUCUGCAGACAUCAGCAGAUGUUUUGUAAUGAAAAAUGACACAAAAUUGAUUUUAAAAGAAAGUAUUUUCUUACCUGAGUAACAUUAUGCUCACAAACAACACGCAGUCGUUUGUGAGCAUAAUGUGUCAGAAACUGAUCUGAUUGGUCAGUGGUUGUUUUCCAACAGAGGAGACUGUUUUAAAGGGUGAGAAGCAGUCCAUUGAUUUAUUUAUGUUUCAUACUUUAUGCUUUUUAUGAUGAUAAUGGACAACAUGUGUUAUGCAGUGUCUUAUUUAAUCAUGUUAGCAAGAGAUCUAUGGUGUGUUGUACACUGUGCUGACUGUAAGCUGUUAAAAAUCUUUAUUUUGUCAUAAACAAAUAAUGCAUGUUUCAUUAAACAAAAAGAAAAGCUGAAUUAGUUUGCACAGACACAUUAUCAGAAAGUACAAUAAGUAUUUUUUUAAGUCUGCUUUAUUUGGCAUUUAAUUUUUAUACAUAAAAAAACAUUUAUUCUCCUUCAGGCUACAUUUAAAACUUGAAUACUGGGAUAAUUAAUUAAUUGUCUUAUAUGUGAAUAAAUAGAUGAUAGGAUAAAAAUAAAGUUAAAAAUGCACUAGUGAAACAAUUUAUCGAUUCAUUAGAAAUAACUGUAAAGUGCAGUGGAAACAAGAAGUUUAGGUACACUGAAGAAAAAAAAAAUUUUUAAUCACAAUGUGACAUUAAGUCAGGCUAAAGUGUUCCUGUUUUGUGUCAGAAAUAUACGAGAAUUUCUAAAAUAAUAGAUUUUUCUUCAAAUUUAGAAGUUUACUUAUGUUUCCUAGAACAGUGGAAAGCACACUUCUGUUAAUUUGCUAAGAGCAGAGCUAAUUUUUUGUUCAGCUCUUUAGCAUGUUUGCUAACUCUGAAGACAUUUAGCACACUUAGCUUUCCCUACAUGGAUUUAAUUUAAUUUAUAAAGUGCUAAUUUGUUGUAACACAUGUAACAUGCAUUGAGUUUAGCACUUUAGCAUUAGCAUCUGCUAAAUACUUUUAGCAUUCAUGGAUCUUGUAUUUAUGAUUAGCACUUUAGAGUUAGCACAUUUAACUUCUUCAUUAGCAGUACAACAGUCCUGGAAUUUAGGAAACAAUAAAUGAUUUUUGAUAUUCUGUUAAGACCUAAAACAGGGAAAGUUUAGUCUGACUUGAAGCCAGAAAGUGAGAAUAAAAUGAUUUCGUUAUGCAGUGUGUAUUCAUUUUUGCUGUUAGUUGCAAAACAAAACAAGUAAUAGCACAGUAGGAGUAUAAAUAUAAGCUGCAGGAGUCUGAUUUUAUACGGCUGGAGUUUUUAAUAUUUUUAUAUCAAAAUUAAAUGUUGAAUUUGGUGGCUGUACGGCACAAUAGGUAAACCAGGACACUUUGCCUUAACCUCUUUCACUAGACAAGCAGAAUGGUUUCCUAUACAGACUCCAAUAUGCUGUGUACAUACUGUAUAACUGAGCUUCUGUCUCUGUAUGUAAACAACAUCUUUCCUGCAUUUCUUCUUCCUGUCUGCAAGAACACAAGGCGGAUUUUUCAAGGAUCAAACCUGUUUCAAACAGAAGACGUGUUUAUCUGAAAUAUUUCUUCUGUGCUGGUAUGACAUCCAACGCUGUAGCCCACUGUAAGCCAAAGUAAAAGUGCAGCUACAUUAACAUUUCAGCCGAUUCCUGUACUGAUAGUUUCGCCCAGAUUUUUCCUGUCAAAUCAGUAAACAGAGGAGGUGAAAAAAGAACAGGUUGGGUCUUCAACCGUAGAGUCACUGUGUUGCUUUAAACCAGCAUGCCCAGUUAAGCUAAACACUGUGAGAAAAAAAAACAGAUGCAGUAUAAACAUAAACAGAUAGGCAUGUUGUCCUGUUGAUAGGUGCAAAAAAAGUAAAAUAAAUAAGAAGAAGCUAAAUAUAAUAUGGUUUAUUUAAAAAGAAGAGCUGUAGAUGGAUUCUUUUGCUGUUCAGUUUCAUACUAAAGUUUGCAAAAUGAUAAGGGUGCAACAUCAGUUUUCUUUCUGCGUUGAUGUAAGGAACGCCGACGGACGCGUUGCUACUAACAUGCACUCAGCUUCGCCCUUGAUUUGCGAUGGACGGAUUUUAUUUUGGAUGCCUCUACCUCCUUAAUUCACAGAGAUCUGAGAACUGAUUCAAACCAUCAGAGAUGUUUUAAAGAUUUUGUACGACUCUGAAACACAGAAAUCCUUCCAAACUAGAGUGAUAUAUAAAUAGCAAGAUGGUGGAAAAUAUGAAUGACUGCACAGAGGGGAUGAUAUUUUUGUUGACACAAUGUACAAAAGCAGAUAUUACAUAUAUAUAAUAACUGUUACACCUAUAUGACUAUUUUUAUCUAGUUUUAGUUGAUGUUAUAUUUAUUGAGCAUUUUGAUCCUGAAUGAUGAUAAGAGUGAAGCGGUUCUGUUCUGUCCGACCUCCAGCCCGGUUCUGGGACCUGCAGGCCCAUCGUCUAAAUGUCAACAUGUCUGUCUGUCUGAUGCAUGGUUAUAUAUAUUUUCUGUAUGUUUAUUUACUUAAUAAAGAUGAGUGUUUGGAAAAAGGUAAUUAUUUCACAUGGUUUAUCCUUUAAUGUAGAUUUCCAUUACAAGAAAAGUUAAUACCCCCCCGGACCCCCAAAAAUAAAAAUCAGUAAAUGUAGUUUACUGUGUGAAAACAGAAUGUGAGAUGAAAAUAAUUAGUUUGAGGAGGAAAAGGUCUCUUUAUCUUUUAUUUUUACAAAAAACACGGAAAACGCAUGAGAUUAAGUUAGACCAAUGAUCUGCAUCCAUUUUACAACAUACAGAUUAUUUUAGGAGGUAGUAAUCCACAGUAGACUUAAAUACGCCAACAAUCUUUCUGUAGGUUGUUCUAUGAUGGCGAAUUCAUGCCAUCAUCGGCAGAAAAAAAUAAUAAGAGGAGUAAAUUUAUGCCAAAAACACUGGAAAUUUCAGAUGAUUCUCAGAAAGUUUCUAGAAAAACUUGGGACAUAUUUGGCUUUUUAAAGCCAAAUAAUUCUUUAACUUGUGGAGCUCAGAAAUAUUCUUGUUUUUUAUUCAUCUUUUUAGCAAUUUUUUUACUUUUUAAACUUAGAAAUUUUCUAAUUUGCUU